CGCCGCUUGGUUUCCAGGAAAUGACCUCAGGCGGCCGCGGAGAUGGAGGAUGUGCUGGACCUAGGCGAGGAGCGGCGCAGCGGCUUGGCCACCUCCGGGCCGAAGAUGGGUCGCCGAGCUCAACAGGAGGCAGCUCAAGUUGAGAAUCAUCUCAGUAGCAAGAACUCCUCUUCAAUUCUGACUGGAGAGGCUCCCCCUCCCAAACCACCCCGCAGGCAAGGAGGCUGGGCAGAUGACUCCGUGAAGUCUUCAAAGUCAGGAAGGAGGGUUUCUGAAGAAAUAGAAGAUCACCGCCUCAGACAGCAGAGCUUGGUUGGAUCAGAUGACGGAGGAGACAUCCCUGUUAUUCCAGAUCUGGAAGAAGUACAGGAAGAAGAUUUUGCUUUGCAGGUGGCCGCCCCUCCCAGCGUCCAGGUAAACCGGGUGAUGACCUACCGUGACCUUGACAAUGACCUCAUGAAGUACUCAGCCUUCCAGACCUUGGAUGGAGAGAUCGACCUGAAGCUCCUCACCAAAGUCCUUGCACCAGAGCAUGAAGUCCGAGAGGACGACGUCAGCUGGGACUGGGACCGUCUGUACACUGAGGUAUCCUCCGAGCUCCUCACCGAGUGGGACCUGCUGCAGGCGGAGAAGGACGAGCCCGUGGGACAGCCCGCGCGUCCCUGAGCCCUGGGUCCACAGCCUGCUCUCCCCGCACAGUCAUUUCUGCUUUGGACUUGAAGAAAAGGCCAGAAGCCUAAACCUAGAGAAGCUUGCAAGCAGCUUAGAAUUUUUCUAUGCAAUAUUUUGUAAUAAAAAUACUUAUUUUCAGUAGACCA